GUCCGAUUAGCGGCUCGUCCCGCCCCGCCCCGCCCCCAGCAGCUCGCUCGGCUUUCCUGCGCCAGCAGCGGUGUGUCACCGAGGCUAGGCUGCUGCCGGAGAGACCCGGAGUCAGGGCAAACACCCAACCAGUUAACCCAAACUGGCACCGCAGCGGGGCUGAGGGGCUGCCCCUGCGAGUUUUAAACCUGAAUACCGCUUAGGUUGGAUUCUACGCCUCUCUCUGUCACCACCGCCCGUCCUCCUGAUGUCGGAUUUCAAGCUCGGGAUCGUCAGGCUCGGCCGUGUGGCCGGGAAGACAAAAUACACACUGAUAGAUGAGCAGGACAUACCGCUUGUGGAAAACUAUGCGUUUGAGGCACGCAUGGAGGUAGAUGCAGAUGGCAAUGGAGCUAAGAUCUUUGCCUAUGCUUUCGACAUUGGCAAAGGCCGCUGGGCAGGAAGGCCGUUGCAUGAGCUGCUCUGGGAGAAGCACAGAGGAGGAAUUGCUCCCAGUUUUCAAGUCAUCCACAUCAACUCUGUGACAGUGGACAACCGGCUAGACAACCUGCGACUGGUGCCAGUGGGCUGGAGUCCCAAGCCGGAGGAGAUUUCCAGCAAACAGAGAGAGCAGUCUCUGUACUGGCUGGCCAUCCAGCAGGUACCUGCCGACCCUGUGGAGGAGCAGUAUCUGGAGCUGAGCCGCACACGCUACUACAAUGCUAAUGGGGAGCUGGUGGAGGAAGAGGAGUGCUCCUGCACCUACUACGAGUGUCAUUAUCCUCCUUGUUCACUCAUUGAGAGGAGGCUCCGGGAGUUCAACAUCUGCGGUCGCUGCCAGGUGGCGCGUUACUGUGGCUCCCAGUGCCAGCAGAGGGACUGGCCUGCCCACAAGAAGCAGUGUCGCGAGCGCAAGCGGGUGCUGGCCUUGGAGUCAGAGCCCGAACGAUGAUCUGCCUUCAUCCUCGCCUGGGAGAGGAGGAGGGCGAAUGGGGGGUGGGGGGAGGGUUAAACUUGUGGGAGGGGAGCGGGGAUGAAGUGCAAAAUGGGGAAAAUUGCUGACAAGAGACUAAUGACAGAGGACAAUGUUGGUUGCUCAAUUGUUUGAUGGAUUCAGGGGGUAAGAAGAUGGGAGGAGGGGAAGGAGAAUAAAGCAAAAAGACAUCUGCCACUUCCCAGAACUGGUAAUUCUCCAUAGCUUGCUUUUCAUGUGGAUGACGGGGAAAGGUAUUAUUUGUUUGUUUUUUUUUUUUUUUUUUUUUUUUUUUUCUCGAGGAGGGAGACCCUCGAGCUCUACCUGCUGCUAUGGUUUUGUAUGUGAGGGGGAAAAAGUAGUCUUCUUGAUGAACUGGACAAGCUUCUGUGGACCACAAUACGGACAGUUGUCGUCAUCCACUUAUGUUCCUCCACCCAGCCGCUGGGUGUGGUGACGUCUGUGCAAACGGGGGACCCAGGGGCUGUAGUACCAAUCGUUCAGCUGGUACAAUGGGACAUGGACCUUUUCACUGUAUCGCUCCCUUUCUGACCUCUCUGGUGCACAUGGCUGCUGUCUUCAUGGUCAUCGACACCAUAGCCACCUCCCUGUCUGUCGUACCCCUCCACACACACACACACACACACACGCAGCCAACCACGACACACAUGAGAUAGAUUUCACUGAUUCAAUCACACUACCAGUAUUGAGUGUGGGAGUGUGUAUGUGUGUAUGCUUGUGUAUGUAUGUGCUGCCAAUAUGUACUGAAGGACAUUGACAACAUGGGUUAUGGGCAGGGUUAAUGUAUGUCUUUGCUCUUCUUAAAGGGGCUAUAUUGCACCAUUUUAAAAUUCAUAUUUAAUCAUAAAUUGGUGGGUUAAAAAUAUUUUCACUGUUCUAUAAGUAGCUGCCAAAUAAAGGCUUUAUUUUUUUCUAGAAGUUUUCUUGACCCAUUAAUUUUAUUUUAUUUUUCUAUCCAUUUCAUCCGACUUGUUUUGUUGUUUUAAGACAAGGUACAAAGUUUUAAACACCUGAACUGGAUUUAUUACAUUUAAAAAAAAAAAAUAAAAAUAAAAAAAACCCCAGCAUUUUCAAAAUUCUCCAGUUACUGUUCAAAAAGCCGGCCCCGGUGUUAUUGGUACUUUUGACAGGCCUUUUUCAUGAUCCCACAGAAACAAUGCUUGUUACAUUGAUCACAGAAUAAGAAACUGUUCUUGUGAUGUGAUGUCACAAAAUAGCUAUUUCAUGUUCUCAAGACACAAAGUAUCUGUCAAACGUUUCUGAUGAUCACAAGAAAACAAAGUGUAAGAAAAUAUCUCUACCAAAGUCUACUAUGACCUGUAGUUUGGCACUCUUGUACCAACUGGUUUAAAUCCCGCCAGUCACUCUUAGUAUGAUGGUUUUUAACAAACACCUGUCAUUUAAACUGUAUUUUUGCAGGGUUAUGGUAUGUGUGUGUUGGGGAGGGGGGUAGUGCUCAGUUUCUUGUGUGAGAGUUUGCUCUAAGGGUUAUUUUUUGAAGAAAUUCUAUCAAUGGAGCUAUAUUUAUUUAAAACAUUUAAUUGUGAAACAUGUUUUUUUUUUUCUGGUGAUAUUUGAAGGCAAACAUUUAAAAAAAAAAAAAAAAAAAAAAGUGGAUAAUAUGGGACCUUUAUGUCACAUCUUUUUGGGCAGGGAGGGGGACUGAACAUUUCAACCCUGUUACUUGAUUGCUAUUCCCCCCCCCCCCGAUCCUGAAUGAGUGAGUCCUCCUCAGUGUUGCCCUUCCAGAUUUUCCAUGAAAACACUGCACACCAUCAUUGUCACUAAAAUCUUCCAUAUGAGAGACGUCUGGGAGUGUAAAACUUGAAUUGCCCCCCUGUACACACCUCUGGUAAAUUUUAUUAUGGAGAGUGGUUUAUGAACUGAACCAUUUCCUGCUUUUAUUUUCUAAGUCACGGCAGUCCAAGUGAAAUUGUUCUGCGUCAACUUUAUCCUCAAUUGCCUGCCUUCCUUGUAUUACGUGCACACCUGCUUAAUGUGUCCUCUUGUGUCUUCAGUGAGGAGUCCAGACACUUAGUAAGCAUGUAAUUCACAGACGUACAUGCGACUUGUUGAUUGUUUAUUUUGUAUGUGUGUGAACAGGUUUUCAACACUGCACUAAAAUUUGGCUCCCAUUUUUAGCGUAUUUGUCAUAGAUGGGUUGAAGGGAGGGGUGUGAUUUGGAGUGUACAGAUUGUGUCUGAAAUCUUUUUGUUUUGUAAGAAUAUAAACAUUAAUCACCUAGAAAUAAAGAGCUACAAUAUGUGAAUGGAAGUACAGUUGGGGAUAACGGUUGCUUUUCCAAUGUUAAAUGAUAAUAAAUAAAUGAACCUCA